AUGAGAGCUCCUCGGAUGCGAUGGACUACUCCUCUUCAUGCCUGCUUCGCUCACGCGGUCGAAUUGCUCGGUGGCCUUGAAAGAGCAACACCCAAAUUAGUUCUUGAGCUUGUCAAAUAUCUCACCUUGGCUUACGUUCUGAUCAUGUCGCUUUGUGUCACUGUUGCCAUGUCUACACCAACUCCAGUUUUGACAAUUAAUAGUCCGGACGGGGACCUGAUCGACUGCAUGAAGAUAAACGAUCAACCGGCUCUUCAUCACCCUCUUCUAAGAAACCACAAAAUCCAGGAAACACCAACUGGUCAUAUAGUACAAAAAGAAGAAAACUUCGGUUGGCAAGUAUGGCAGAGGAGUGGAACGUGUCCCCGAGGAUCUAUUCCUGUAAGAAGGUCUGAAACCACCAUUAUUCAGAAGAAAUAUGAGACAGUUACUCCCAAUGCCGCCGCGGAUAGAGCCACUCGUGGACACCAGUAUGCAACCGCGUACGUCCAAAGCAAACCGAAAAUUUAUGGUACUAAAGCUACCAUAAGUGUCUGGGAUCCCAUCGUUGAGGCAUCGGGCGACUUUAGCUUGGCGCAGGUGUGGCUCGCGUCAGGAAGUUACGAGACUAACGAACUCAACACAAUCGAAGCGGGUUGGCAGGUUUUCCCGAGUAAGUAUGGUGAUGACCAACCACGACUGUUUACCUAUUGGACUAGAGAUGCAUAUUUCUCGGGAUGCUAUAGCCUCCGUUGCCCGGGGUUUGUGCAGACGAGUAGCAGGAUCGCAUUGGAGGGUGCCAUUAGCCGGACGUCUACCUACAGAGGCGACCAGUUUGAUAUCACCAUCCAGAUUUGGAAGGAUCAUAUUUCUGGUAACUGGUGGAUGGCUAUGGGUGUAGUCACUUUAGAACCGGUCGGGUAUUGGCCGGGCGAGAUAUUCACCACUAUGUCCGACCAUGCAACAAUGGUACAGUGGGGUGGAGAGAUCUUAUACGGAAACACCUCUGGCCUGAUUACAGUAACCCAAAUGGGUUCCGGAGAGUACGCGGAGAAAGGUUACAAAAAAUCUGCCUAUUUCUGUAACCUCAAAAUCGCUGAGGAAAACAAUUCCCUUCUGCCAGUAGAAGACUUCCUCUUGCAUGCAGACCACCAAGAUUUAUACACGAUAAAGAAGUCCCAAACGAAAGCGUGUGGGAAUCACUUUUACUUCGGGGGUCCUGGUCAUGGACCUAUGCGUUCAGCAGCGGUUCGGGGAACAGUUUCUAUUGUUGUCUUGUUUUCUGCAGUCUUAUUAGUUUUGUAA